AUGGUAGCGUGCUUCUUUAUCUUCAUCUUCAUCUCCAUCUCCAUCUCUGUUCUCCUCAAACUCAUCUUCAACUAUCUCACUAAAACAAGAAAACCCUCUCGAAACCUGCCGCCAGGGCCUCUUCUUCUCCCCAUUAUUGGUAACUUGCUCUUGUUCCGCAAAUCUUUUAACGACCUUCAGUGUAUACUUCAGUCCCUUCAUGCCCGAUUUGGUCCUAUAAUCACCCUCCACUUUGGUUCUCGUCCAGCUAUUUUCGUUGAUGAUCGAUUUAUUGCCCACCAAGCCUUGGUUCAAAAUGGUGCCAUUUUUGCUGACCGCCCUCCAGCUUUGGAUGGUAGAGAACAAGUCGUUAUCACCACUGCCCUCCAUGGCUCCACAUGGCGGGUGCUUCGCCGCAACCUUACAGCAGAAAUGCUCCAAUCUUCUCGUGUGAAAUCUUAUUCACAUGCACGUAAGUUGGUACUGGAAAGACUCUCGAAACUGCUCAAGGUUCAGUCUAAAUCUGGUGAUCACCCGGUCCAGGUGAUGGAACAUUUUCGCUUCUCCAUGUUUAGCUUGCUAGUCUUCAUGUGUUUCGGAGACAAACUUGAAGAAAAGAAAAUCAAGGAAAUAGCGGAUGUUGAGAGGAAUCUGAUGCUGAGUUUUAGUCAAGUGAGUAUGAUUUCUAUUUGGCCAAGAGCUACAAAGAUUCUGUUUCGUAAACAGUGGAAAAAGAUCUUCGAACUACAAGAAAAAUCGAAAGAUUUAAUUGUCCCUUUGAUACUAGAACGGAAGAAGGUGAUGGAAGAGAAGUUAAGUGCAGGUGGAAAUCAGAUCAACAAAUAUGUCUUAUCGUAUGUUGAUACCUUGUUAGAUUUGCAGCUACCGGAAGAGAACAGGAACCUUAGCGUCGAAGAAAUCCUUGGUUUGUGCUCAGAAUUUCUUAAUGGAGGAACAGAUAAUACAUCCACACUGUUGGAGUGGAUUAUGGCAAAUUUAGUGAAAUAUCCGCACAUCCAAGAGAAGUUGUUCAUGGAAAUUAAAGGGGUCAUGGGAGAUGAUGAAGAAAUGGUGAAAGAAGAUGACUUGCAGAAGAUGCCAUAUCUAAAAGCAGUGAUCUUAGAAGGGUUAAGGCGACAUCCUCCCCUGCGCUUUUUGAUGCCUCAUGCAGUGACAGAGGAUGUGGUUUUAAGUGGUUACUUGGUGCCAAAAAAUGGAACUGUGAAUUUCAUGAUAGGAGACAUGGGAUGGGACCAAAAGUUGUGGGAAGAUCCAAUGUCAUUUAAGCCAGAGAGGUUUCUCAGUACUGAUAAUAAGGAUGGAGAGGGAUUUGAUAUUACAGGGAGCAAAGAGAUUAAAAUGAUACCAUUUGGUGCAGGAAGAAGGAUUUGUCCGGGGUAUGCAUUAGCCAUACUUCAUUUGGAGUAUUUUGUGGCAAAUUUGGUCUGGCAUUUUGAAUGGAAAGCUGUGGAUGGAGACAACGUCAACAUGGAAGAAAAGCAUGAGUUCUCAGUAAGGAUGAAGUAUCCAUUGCAAGCCCUUAUAUCUUCAAGAUUUUGAUGAUAACACAGUCAAUGGUAAACGUUUACCGGAUAAAAACCUUUUCAGCAACUCUGCUUAAGCUUUGCUUGAACUUGCUGAUGCAGUUACUAUAGUGAUUUUUACCAGCAGAAGGCAAGAAAUAUCAAUUUAAAGUAAAAGAUUACUGAUGCAGUUAAUCUGUCCUGCUUGCUUUUUAACCUUUUUUUCUUUCCAGGUUGUAGUUCUUUAUGUAUGAGUAGAGACUUCAUUUCAUUUUAUCAGCGCAAUGUAAAACAGAU